GUGCUUAACUGUAUAUUUUUGUUCUGUACAUCUUUUGGUUCCGUUUAUUCACAUAGAUUCUCUCUCUGUGUCUCUCUGUGUUUGUUUUUGUGGGUUUUAAUGUUUUUUCAGUGACAGAAAAAUUUGGUAGUCAUGGUCUUCUGGGUUCGGUAAUCUCAAAGAGUCUUACAUUUGUAUCCCUAGCUCGUGUGUGAGCUACUGGAUUUAACCACCAUGUCUCAGACUAACUGGGAAGCUGAUAAAAUGUUAGAUGUGUAUAUCCAUGAUUAUUUAGUAAAGAGGGAUUUAAAGGCUUCUGCGCAGGCUUUUCAAGCUGAAGGGAAAGUAUCAUCUGAUCCUGUUGCUAUUGACGCCCCUGGAGGUUUUCUCUUUGAGUGGUGGUCAGUAUUUUGGGAUAUAUUUAUUGCUAGAACUAAUGAGAAGCACUCAGAGGUUGCUGCAUCUUACAUUGAGACGCAGUUGAUUAAAGCAAGGGAGCAGCAACAGCAUCAACAACAACAGCAACAGCAGCAGCAGCAACCUCAACAACCACAGCAUCAACAACAGCAACAGCAACAGCAACAGCAACAGCAGCAGCAUAUGCAGAUGCAGCAGAUCCUGUUGCAGAGGCAUGCCCAACAGCAGCAGCAGCAACAACAACAGCAACAGCAACAGCAGCAGCCGCAGCAGCAGCAACAGCAGCUGCCAACACCACAGCAGCAGCGAAGAGAUGGGGCCCACCUUAUUAAUGGCAGCACAAAUGGGCUUGUUGGAAAUGAUCCUCUCAUGCGGCAGAAUGCUGGAACUGCAAAUGCAAUGGCAACAAAGAUGUAUGAGGAAAGAUUAAAACUGCCCCAAAGGGAUUCUUUGGAUGAUGCGGCUAUGAAACAAAGGUUUGGUGACAAUGUGGGCCAGCUUUUGGAUCCAAAUAAUGCCUCAAUAUUGAAGUCAGCUGCAGCAACUGGCCAGCCUUCAGGGCAAGUGUUGCAUGGUGCAGCUGGUGGCAUGUCUCCACAAGUUCAAGCUCGAAAUCAACAACUACCAGGGUCCACACCGGACAUAAAGAGUGAGAUUAAUCCAGUUUUAAAUACCAGAGCCGCUCCUGAAGGAUCAUUGAUAGGAAUUCCUGGGUCAAAUCAAGGUAGUAACAAUUUGACUCUAAAAGGGUGGCCACUCACAGGGCUGGAUCAGCUUCGCUCUGGGCUUCUUCAGCAACAAAAGCCUUUUAUACAGGCACCUCAGCCCUUUCCUCAACUUCAGAUGUUGACACCACAGCACCAGCAACAGCUUUUGCUUGCACAGCAAAACUUAACAUCACCAUCUGCCAGUGAUGAGAGUAGGAGACUGAGAAUGCUUUUGAGUAGUCGGAGCAUGAAUCUUGGGAAGGAUCCCCUUACAAAUUCCAUUGGUGAUGUGGUUCCAAAUGUUGGAUCUCCGCUUCAAGCUGCUAGCCCACUAUUGGGUCGUGGAGAUACAGAAAUGCUGCUUAAGUUAAAAAUGGCUCAGUUACACCAGCAACAGCAGCAACAGAACAGUAACCCACAGCAACAGCAACAGCUUCAACAACAUGCUCUUUCAAAUCAGCAAUCACAGAGUUCAAAUCACAAUCUUCACCAGCAAGAUAAAAUGGGUGGUGCCGCCAGCGUCACUAUGGAUGGCAGCAUGUCAAAUUCCUUUCGAAAUGAUCAGACUGGGAGAAAAAGAAAGCAGCCGGUAUCAUCUUCUGGUCCUGCGAAUAGCUCUGGAACUGCAAACACGGCCGGACCCUCUCCAAGUUCAGCACCCUCAACACCCUCAACGCAUACCCCUGGAGAUGUAAUAUCAAUGCCUAAUUUGCCUCAUAGUGGUAGUUCUUCAAAGCCAUUGAUGAUGUUUGAUGGUCCUGGCACCCUUACAUCACCAUCAAAUCAAUUGUGGGAUGAUAAAGAUAUUGAAUUGCAGGCUGAUAUUGAUCGUUUUGUAGAGGAUGAGGAUAAUGUUGAGUCUUUUUUAUCCCCUGAUGAUACAGACCCUAGAGAUAGUGUUGUUCGCUGUAUGGACAUGAGCAAAGGGUUCACAUUUAACGAAGUAAAUUCUGUUCGAGCAAGCACAAGCAAAGUCGUCUGUUGCCACUUUUCAUCAGACGGGAAAUUGCUUGCCAGCGGUGGCCAUGAUAAGAAGGCUGUAUUGUGGAACACGGACACUUUAAAGCAGAAAACCACACUUGAAGAACAUUCUUCUUUGAUUACUGAUGUCCGUUUCAGUCCAAGCAUGUCACGUCUUGCAACAUCUUCAUUUGACAAAACUGUCAGGGUUUGGGAUGCUGACAAUCCUGGUUAUUCACUUCGUACCUUUACGGGGCAUUCUUCCACUGUGAUGUCACUUGACUUCCACCCAAAUAAAGAUGACCUCAUUUGCUCUUGUGAUGGAGAUGGUGAGAUACGAUACUGGAGUAUUAACAACGGCAGCUGUCAAAGAGUGUUUAAGGGUGGUACGGCCCAAAUGAGAUUCCAACCCCGUUUUGGAAGGUACCUUGCUGCUGCUGCAGAGAAUGUUGUAUCUAUACUGGAUGUGGAGACCCAAGCUUGUCGGCAUACAUUACAGGGACAUACUAACUCAAUCCAUUCUGUGUGCUGGGACCCUUCUGGUGAGUUCUUAGCAUCCGUCAGUGAGGACUCUGUCAGAGUUUGGACACUUGGAUCAGGGAGUGAAGGAGAGUGCGUACAUGAGCUGAGCUGUAAUGGCAAUAAAUUCCAUUCAUGUGUUUUCCAUCCUACAUAUUCUUCAUUGCUGGUCAUUGGCUGUUAUCAGUCUCUGGAGCUUUGGAACAUGUCAGAGAACAAGACCAUGACUCUGUCGGCUCACGAUGGACUAAUUGCUGCAUUGGCUGUGUCAACUGCUACAGGUUUGGUUGCUUCGGCUAGUCAUGACAAGUUUGUCAAAUUGUGGAAGUGAUACAAUUGUCUCGAAGUAACUAGCAAUACAGGAUUAGUGUUUUUUUAUUCACUGUUGAUCCAAUGCUUGAAGUAUCUGUUUUGGGUGCUUGAUCUGCUCACAUCUGUAUCUUUCCUUUUGGAUGUCCACAUUAUCCCAGAAACUAACCUUGUAAAAUUGUUGUUGUAUGUCUGCUAUGUACCAUUAAGUGUAUUAACUUGGAGAUAUUGUUAUGCUUCACAGACUGGUUGUAACAUUUUGUACUCUUCUAAGAACUUAUAUAUUUCAGUUGUGUUAGCUUGUGUUUCGGUUUGUAAGAUUUAACGUCUAGAUCAAUGAUACAAUUUACUUUUUAUUCUCCUCUCCCUGUAAUGGACGUUUAGAUUUCA